UCGUUUGCUCCCGCCCCCGGCCCGGAAGUACUUUUUCGGGAAGAUGGCGGCUGUGUCAGUGUAUGAGCCACCGGUUGGAGGUUUCUCUUUCGAAAACUGCCGCAGAAAUGCCAUCUUGGAAGCCGAUUUUGCAAAGAAAGGAUCCAAGCUUCCAAUGGCCCGGAAAACUGGGACGACUAUCGCAGGGGUGGUCUAUAAGGACGGCAUAGUUCUUGGAGCAGAUACAAGGGCAACUGAAGGAAUGGUUGUUGCUGACAAGAACUGUUCAAAAAUACACUUCAUAUCUCCUAACAUUUAUUGUUGUGGUGCUGGGACAGCUGCGGACACAGACAUGACAACCCAGCUCAUUUCUUCCAACUUGGAGCUCCACUCUCUUUCCACUGGCCGCCUUCCCAGAGUUGUGACAGCCAAUCGGAUGCUGAAGCAGAUGCUUUUCAGGUAUCAAGGUUACAUUGGUGCAGCCCUAGUUUUGGGGGGAGUAGAUGUUACUGGACCUCACCUCUACAGCAUCUAUCCUCAUGGAUCAACUGAUAAGUUGCCUUAUGUCACCAUGGGUUCUGGCUCCUUAGCAGCAAUGGCCGUGUUUGAAGAUAAAUUUAGGCCAGAUAUGGAGGUAUGUAAGUUCCUACGGUUUUAUUCUCUUUCACAUUAUCUUUCUAGUUGUAUGUUGGACAUUUACAAAUUGAUUGCUGAUUCCUCCAAAGUUUGAACAGCACUGCUGUUA